CUGCCGUUUGAUCGGCCACUGCUGGCUGCAGUUAGCAUUCAGUGGAAGUGCGCGUGUUCGCCGGCGACCUCGUUCCGGCUGCGGGAGCGCUGGGCCGCGGUUAUGUAAAGCGCUGCAUGUGGCGAGUGUUGCGCUUGGCCGCGUGCGAGCGGCGGCCGGCGCGGUGCAGCGGGGCGGGGCGCGGGCGGGGGCGCGCGGUGGGACGCGUGGCGCGGGGGAGGGCGCUCCUCCGCCGCGCCGCGCCGCGCCCGGUACUCGCGUCUCACUGACUCCUCGCUGUGGGUCAGUCGUCGAGCGCUGCUUGUCGACGUCAGCCGCGCCCGGCCGACGCUGAGAACGCUCUGGAGUGAAGCGCCGGAUCCGCGGUGUGUGGCCUUUCGGGUUUUUACAGCUGAAGUUCCAAAAAAAAAUUCCUAUGAGAAUAUUCAUAUAAGUUAGUGUUUAUAUAGUGAAAUAAGUGAAAAUGAGAACAAUUAACCAAUUAGUGAAAGCAAAAAGGACUUCCAAGAACAGUUAGUAGACUGACUCGUCGUAGAAUGGGUAUACUUAUGGAAAGCUCAGAGGUUAACUCGGUCGGAGGCAACCGUCGAAUUGGUGAGCCGGAGCUGUUCAGCGCCAUGAGCGCGCCCGGGGAAUACUACGAGACUCUACACACCAUCGCCAUCAACACCAGGGAGACAGAGUUCGGCAGCUACGUGGAGCCGAUACCCAUCACGCUCAAAGCGUACAAGCACAUCCAGGCGCUCCCGCAUGCCGCCAACGGCUACGGGUUCCCACAAUCCGUCAUCACUUCCUUGAAUCCUGUUAGCCAGGGCGAGCUCGACCAACCCAUGCCGUCGGUUAUCAUACAGAGCCCCAUUAAGGAAGAUAGGGCCAAAGUCGCUAGGCCUCCUAAAAAGAAGUGGAUUAAAGAGUAUUUGGAGGAGGAACCUAAAUCGCCGGUGUCGGUGCGGGUGAGCGAGGUGUCGGUGGCGCGCAGCAACGGCGUGGUGAGGCUGCCGUCGCCGCCGCCGGCCGCGCCCCCCGCGCCCCCCGUGCCGCCCGCUACACCCGCGCCCGCGCCCCCUGCCCUCGCCCUCGCCCUCGCUCCCGACCCUCCGCCCGUCGCACCCCCGACGCCCAUCCUCGACUUCGCACAAGAACAUUCCAGGCCGCGGACCAUCAGCAGUCACGGGCCGAGCCAGAUCCCGUCCCCGCCGUCGCUGAGCAGCGGCAGCAGCGGCAGCACCACGAGCGGCGGGGGCGGCGGGGGCGGCGGCGGCGGCGCGGGGGGGCUGCCGCGCGCCGGCACGCGCGAGGUGCACAACAAGCUGGAGAAGAACCGGCGCGCGCACCUCAAGGAGUGCUUCGAGCUGCUCAAGCGGCAGCUGCCCGCCGCGCCCGACGACAAGAAGACCUCCAACCUCUCCAUCCUCGGCUCCGCCAUUCGCUAUAUACAGGUGCUGCGCCGCAAGGAGCGCGAGUGCGAGCACGAGAUGGAGCGGCUCGCGCGCGAGAAGAUCGCGUCGCAGCAGCGGCUGGCCGCGCUCAAGCGGGAGGUCACCAUCCGCGCGACGGCCCGCCCGCGCGCUCUCGAUGCUGCGGCCGAAGAGAAGGAGAAGGUUGACGUUAUUAACGGGCAAGUUUUAGGAAUUCCUUUAAAAAGCAGCGGGUCGCCGCCGCCGGCGCCGCACACGCCGCACACGCCGCACACGCCGCACUCUCCGCACUCGCCGCACUCUCCGCACGCGCCCGCGCCGCACACGCUGAACCUGAGCACGAAGCUGCGGCCGCUGCCCGUGCAGCUGGCGCCCACCGCCUCGCAGGUGGUGCGCGCGGCGUACGGGGCGCGCGGCGCGCUCGCGCUGGCCGCGCUCGCGCCCGCCGACCCGCCCGCGCAGAGCGGCGGGCUGGUGGUGGGCGCGCGCGCGCUGCAGCUGCUGGCGGGCGCGCCGCUGCACGUGCUGCACCCGCACAAGCACCUCGCCAACGGGGUCACCACGGACAGUAACCGGAUAUCUAAGGAAAACGGCAUCGUGACGACCUCCGCAGUGUCUACAGAGGGCGGCAGCGUGGUGGUGAGCGGCCUCACCCCUCUCGUGGUGUCGCAGUCCGCCGCGCACCUACUCGGCACACACACGCUCACACACAAGAUGGUGGAGACGCAUAUGGUGAAGGGCAGCGUGUCGCCGCUGGCGGUGAGCGCGCAGUACCUGAGCGCGACCACGAUCGUGAAGCCCGUGGUCGUGGUCACCAGCGCCGCGACCGUGACCGCGCCCGCGCGCGACCACACGUGACCGCGCCGCCCGAGCCGCCCCAGCCCCGACUGUACGCGUGAAACGUGUGCUCAGUGAUACUUGGAACGUGACGCCACCUCCGCAGUCUGCUCGCCUGGUGCCGCGGGCUCGCACGCCACGCCGUGUUUUUGUGAUUUAUGUGUAAUAUUAUUUUUUCAUUUCAAUAUUCAUUUUAACCUGGUUGAAAUUAGUUCGUUGCGAAAAUAAGUAUGUAUGUAACUUUAUAAUUAUAAUUGCGUCACAAUUCGUAUCUGUCCAACAGUUUCUCCUCGUAUGUUUCGUAAUGAUUUCUUUUAUACAUAAAACUACUUGAGUGUUUCGUGGGAGGUGGGGAGGAGCGCCGGCGCCCCUGCCGAGCGCUCGGGCGGCGGCCCCGCAGCGGGUCGUCUGCGAUAUCGUCACUACCUCAUCUGUACUUCAUAUCGGGCUUGUAGAGUGGAGUCUCGGCCGCCACGCAACUAUAUUGACUGUAUUUUGUGAAAUAUCUCUACGUUUUCAAAUCGCGUAUGAAUUAAUCAUUUUUCGCUUUCAACAUUAGCACUCGGAUGCAAACGCGCUUGAAGACUUGUUUCGCCUGUAAUAUUUCACAGAUAUCUUCAAUAUGCCGCGUAUAUAUUUUUAUAUUGCAAUGAAGAGGCGCGCCGGUCGCGAGCUGCGCGCGGGAGCGGCGACGGCUCGAAGGACCAAAGCGCCGCGAUAAUGUUAUGCGUGUAGAUACUAAAUAUAUUUUUCUACAGAUUCGAAGCCGUGUACAAUUGUAAAGUGACCGCGUGUAGAUAUUUUUAUUUAUUUAUUUAGAACCGGUAAUCGUGGGGAGCGAAAUUACGCGUGGAACGGAAUUGUAUCGCAGCGGAUUUUGUGAUCUAACAAUCUUUUUAUUCGAUAGGGGCGGGACGCUCCGCCGUCGUCAUGUUUGCUGUACGAUCGAACAGAGUCGCAAUACUCACCGCGCGUACGUUGGGCCACCCGCACUAACCGAGUAGAGCUAAGUGUGUAAGUGUAUCUGUGAUGUGCGCAGGCGCCGCCGGCCCGGUCCGCACUGUGGCGUCUCAUUUAAACUUGUCAAUUUCUAAAUAGCGUUAAAUAUAGCCAAGUGUGCGCCGACGCGUCGCGACGUCCGCAGCGACUGUGAUAGCGAGCCGCCGGGGCGCGGGGGCGGAGCCCGGCCGGAUCUUAUGACGAGAGUAGUAAUAACUAUAGAUAGAUAUUUAAGGACCGGAUGCAAUAACAUUAUUUGCUCUUUUCGCGUAAUGAAUAACGAAUUUUGUCAAAUUUUCUCCGUAUAAUUUUAAAAGGUUUUAUUUUGAGCGCAGUUUACACGUUAAAAAAAAUAAUAAUUUAAGCCUACGUCUCCCUUCUCUCGCCCUCCCACAUGAUGUUACAAUAUUCUCCAUUAUUUCGCGUAUAGUGUCUGAUCCGGUUCCCACUACCUGCCGUUACGUAUUGCGGACAUUACAUGUUUCCACGAAAGUGAUGUUUCCUCACAGUGAGACAAUGAGUCUUCAUCAAAAGCUUUUUAAAUCGUAAUACUUAUUUCCCUUUGUGUCAUUGUCGUUUUAUUUACAGUGCGCAUGUAUACUUGUACAAAAAAUAGAAUGUUUGGGAGAGAAAUUUGACAUAGUUCACAUAUAUUAUAUAGUAUUGUAUAAAUAAAAGAUGAACGUUUGGGAGACUCCUGCGCAGCGCCGCUCGGCCGUCCUCACUAGUGCCUGUUUACGAGCCGCGGCCGGUUCCGCCGAGCUAACUCAAUAUUAGAAAUAUUAUUUAUCUAUAGGAUAUUAUUAAACAAACUGAAAAAUAAUAAAUGAGAGUAUAAUAUGGAGGCCAAGUACCAGGGCGCCAGGACGCUCUGAGGGUUGUCUCGGCGGCGGCCCGCGGCGAGUGUACUGUAGUUGCAUUGUUUCUGCAGUUGUUAAGUUUGCAGUUUCGCGUAUUGUUGUUGACUCGUCGAGUUUCAUGUUUUGUCCUUCUCGCUCAUGUUGAUAUUGUUUGGCGUACAAAAGAGACGAACGCACUGUCCAGUUGUCUGAUAAGCAAUAAUGUGCCAAUAGUCUUAUGUUGUUGUGAAAUAGAAUAGACUAGAAUCGGUGUUACUUAAUGCAAUUUAAAUUUUGUAUGAUAUCAUAUUAUAUGAACUAAAUCGAGCUUUAACGUAAGGGGUCAAAGUUUCCAUUCGGUUGCCCGAGUCUUUAUUCGUUUGUGUGCAAUAAUUCGGAUGAUGUGUGAGCCGGUGAGAGUCGAACUACUUAUUUAUUAUUUGAUCGUUGCAACCUGCAAAGCAAUAUGUCUUUUGUGUGGACUAAUUAUUGUAUCGUGUCUAAAGAAAGUCUCGUCAUGAAUUCCAAAUAUUGUUUUUGUAUAAUUUGUAAGGGCGUAAAUGAUCAUGAAAUGUUUAUUUAUUGAUAGAUCGUACGGAGACCGUUUUAUUUUGGUAACUCGUAUUCUGAAACUAUUUUAGUACUGAUGUAUUGAUACGAUAGAAUGGCGCAGCCGCCCUCGGGCGAGCGCCUGUCACUUCGCCUAAUUCCUAGUUAUAUAUGACAAAGUGUUUAAUAUAAAGUAAUUUAAAUAAAAGAGAGAAAUCUAUUUUAAUUGUAAUAAUAUUGCGAAGCGAGAAUGCUCAUGUAAAUACAAUGAUGUACUAUAAAGUUCUAAUAUUUUAGAAAUACAGAAGAUACAUAUUUA